CAUUGCCAUACUAACUUAUUUCAGCCCUGAUGGAGACUUGGCUACUCUUAGCCUUGGCAUGGGUUGUUGCAUUGGCUUUUCUCUCAAAAGUAUCCACUCACAAACGCCUCAAGCAAAAUCAUCCACCAGGACCAAAACCAUGGCCUAUUAUUGGCAAUUUGAAACUCCUAGGUUCAAUCCCACAUCAAUCCUUGCACUUGCUGUCCCAGAAAUAUGGAGAAAUCAUGCAACUAAAAUUUGGUUCCAGCCCUGUUGUAGUAGCUUCAUCCCCUGAAAUGGCAAAAGAAUUCUUGCAAACACAUGACCACAUCUUCGCCUCUCGGCCUACAACUGCUGCUGGCAAAUACGCUAGCUAUAACUGCUCCGAUUUGACAUGGGCACCUUAUGGUCCUUUCUGGCGACAAGCUCGUAAACUUUAUCUUACCCAAAUAUUUAAUCCAAAGCGACUUGACUCCUUCGAGAGCAUACGCAUUGAAGAAAGGCGUGCUUUCAUUUCUCGCUUGUAUGCUCUCUCAGGAAAGCCAGUAGUUAUAAGAGAUCAUCUAACACGUCUUACCCUCUCCACUGCAAGCCAGAUGGUCUUGAGUAACAAGUACUUUGCCCAAUCUGAAGGGGAGAGAUCUCUACCUACCUUUGAAGAAUUCCAAGAGAUGAUAGAUACUUGGUGUUUGCUGAGUGGUGUGUUCAAUAUUGGGGAUUGGAUACCAUGGCUCGACAGAUUUGACCUCCAAGGUUAUGUAAAGCAAAUGAAAGAACUUCACAAGAAAUUUGAUAGGUUCCAUAACCAUGUGCUUGAUGAUCACCAGGCCAGGAGGAAAACAGAGAAAGAUUUUAUCCCUAAGGACAUGGUUGACAUUCUAUUGCAAUACGCUGAAGAUUCAGAUCUCCGGGUUAAACUCACCAGAGAUCAGAUAAAAGGGCUAAUUCAGGACUUGCUGGUUGGUGGUACCGAUACCUCAGCCCUUACAGUAGAAUGGGCAUUGAAUGAACUUCUCAAACAUCCACGUCUCAUUCGAAAGGCAACCGAAGAGCUUGACAGAGUGAUAGGGAGAGAUAAGUGGGUGGAAGAGGCUGAUUUCUCAAAACUGCCUUUUCUAGAAGCGAUCAUAAAGGAAACUCUCAGGUUACAUCCACUGGCAACGCUACUUUCGCCCCGUUAUGCCCUCGAGGAUUGCACUGUAGCUGGUUAUAACAUUGCUAAAGGAACAACGGUGUUUAUAAACACAUGGAGUAUAGGGAGGAACUCAAAGUAUUGGGAUUCUCCAGGAGAAUUCAUUCCAGAGAGGUUUUUGGAGAAGGAUAUUGACAUGAAGGGACAAAACUUUGUGCUACUGCCCUUUGGCUCAGGUCGGAGGAUGUGCCCAGGCUAUAACCUUGGAAUCAAACUUAUUCGAUCAAUGUUGGCCAACUUGUUGCAUGGAUUCAACUGGAAAUUGCCUCAUGGCAUGAAACCAGAGGAAAUUUGCAUGGAAGAACACUACGGACUCACAACUCAUCCAAGGAUUCCACUUGCUAUGAUCCCAGAACCACGUUUGCCGGUCAAUCUCUAUUAGCGAGCAUGAUUUAAGGCAAAAUUGAAAUAUGUUCCAACUGUAUCAAUCAAAGGUUAAACUCAAUUGUAUCAUGCCCUUUUGAUCACUUAGCUCAAUUUAGGUGAGAGCUUGGGAGUUGGGACAGAGUAUAUUUGACCUAAGGAAACUUUAAAGAGACAAUAUUGCUCUUGGUGAUUUCUAUUGUGAAAUAAAACAAAAGUCACAAUCAUGUUGGUUUUUCUUUUC